AUGGAAAAACUAUUUGAGAACAAGAAAUUAAAUGUAGGCGUAAGAACUGUGAGGAGGGGUGAGGAGGUACUGUUCUACGCAAAAGAUGUGUCGGAAUCACUAGGAUACAAUAAACCUAGAAACGCUGUUAGAAUCCAUGUUUGGGAAGAGGACAAGUGUACCCUAGGUAGUCUACAAAGGGGCCCUUCAGCAGGGCCCCUUUACAUGGGUCAACCAGAGACGGUUCUUAUUACUGAACAGGGUCUGUAUCAGUUAAUAUUCGGAUCUGAACUUAAGCAUGCAAAGAACUCCAGAAGGUGGGUUUUCAAUGAGAUACUUCCAUCUAUCCGUAAGACCGGGUGGUAUGAGUUACCGAAAUCAAAACUCCAUUAUAGCAAACAACUGAAGCUGCUCAAUGAGACUGAUCUACACUAUGCAGUAGUUAGGUACAUCAGAAGAUACUACCCAAAUGCACUCAUUGUAGCGGGUCUAGGUGAAUACCAGGAUACUGUUCAACGUAGAUGUGACGCCUAUCGUAAGGGUUAUAUAGGAGGACAACCCGAUCUCAUAAUAAAGAAUCCAAUGAAUGGUUACAUAGGAUUUGCAAUGGAACUUAAGACCCCUAAGGGUACAGGUGAGAUUAGAAACAAUCAGGUAGCCUGGUUAAACUUACAGCACAAUGAUAUCUGAUGACUACACAAACAUAGUGCUAAGGAUAGAUGAGUACUUCAGAGUAGACCCAUCAGUGAAAUACAAGAAAGAAAUAACAAACCUGAAAAGACAGUGUAAUAUACUUAAGCAGAAACUCAACGAAGCAACAGCAUGCUAUCGACCUAGGUUCACAGCACACAAAUACUAAGCAGUUACCACAAUAAUGUAAAGACAAAAUUAAAAGAUGCUCGGCAGCAUAUGUUGGGCAUUUUUUAAGCAAUCCACUCAGACAGGCCAGCAUCUUGUGAGCAAACUCAAGUUAUCUUACAAGUAGAUCCCAGUUAUCUCACCAGUAGAUUUAAGUUGUUUUGCAAGCAAAUUUAAGUCACCUCACAAGUAGAACCCAAGAUAUGUCAUAAGAUGAAACCAAGUUAAACCUAAGUUAUCUUACAAGUAGAAUGGCAGAUAAACCUGAGCAAACUCAAGUACCAGUAACAAGCGAAAAGAAGAAGGACCCUAGGAGAGUAGCUGCAGGGAAACGAUUAGCGGCAAUCAGUAAAAUAGAAAAGGAAAGGAAAAGGAAACAGGCUGAACCUAAUGAGUCACCUAGUAAUGACAGUGUGAUUACCUACAUAGGAGUGGCUAUUGCAUUAAUAUCUCUUGUGCUAGCGUAUAAGUCGCAUGAGAGGGAAGAGAAAGCAUUGGAACCUGAGUACGUACCACAAACUGUGACAAUAGUGAAAUAA